ACUACUUAUAGUUCAACCCAAAGAACACCUUUGAUUUUUUGCUUCAACCUUUCUCUGACAUUUACCAAAUGUUAACGUUAAAAGGUUGGCUGCGCUGACGGAAAUUCGACAGACAUAUUUCUUUUGGUUGUUAACUGUCAAAGAACAACACGCGGUUGAGAAUAUCCAGAAUAUGGCACCUAGAUAUGAAAUUGCAAUUGGCCUACAAAAAGGCCAUAAAACCACCAAAAUUCCUAGUGGCAAAACUAAAGCUGAUAAUGUUCGUCCAGCAAGAUUGAAGGGGAUCCAAACUAAACACACCAAAUUUGUUAGGGAUUUGAUUCGUGAAGUGGUUGGUUUUGCUCCAUAUGAAAAAAGGGCAAUGGAAUUGCUUAAGGUUUCAAAGGAUAAGAGGGCUUUAAAAUUCCUGAAGAGACGUCUUGGUACACACAUUCGCGCCAAAAGGAAGAGAGAAGAAUGCUCCAACAUUCUAACACAAUUGCGUAAAGCUCAAGCACAUGCAAAAUAAGUUUAGAAUAAAUGUUUUUCAUGUACUUUA